UGUUAUGAAGUAGUGGCAUGUCAAACCAGUGUCAACUGUCAAACCCGACCCGAAUUGAUUUGUUUUCGAAAAAUUAAAGUUUCUUAUUUCUUACGUAAGGAUAAAGUCUUUUAAAUAAAAAUAAUGUCCUUCUUCCUAAAGCGCACUGCCGGAAUGGCGGGCAAUAUGAGCAGACUUAUUUUGAAUAAUAUGAGGCCCGCAGCAGUACAGCAAUUUGCAACGAAAACUGAUCAAACAGCAGCAUCAGUGGAGACACGACCAACCUUUGCUAAAUUAGAUCCCAUGCAGAAAGCUCAGCUCAUCGAUUUCGGUAAAUACGUCGCAGAUUGUUUACCCAAAUACGUCCAAAAGGUGCAGCUAACCUCGGGCAACGAACUCGAGGUUCUGAUCCCACCUGAAGGUGUCAUCCCCGUGUUGUCGUUCUUGAAGGACCACCACAGCGCGCAAUUCGUUAAUCUCAUUGAUAUCGCUGGCAUGGACGUACCCACGCGCCCGUUCAGAUUCGAGAUCAUCUAUAACCUGCUUUCAUUGCGCUACAACGCCAGGAUCCGAGUCAAGACCUACACAGACGAGCUAUCACCAGUAGACUCCGCGAAUGACGUAUUUAAAGCUGCUAAUUGGUACGAAAGAGAGAUUUGGGACAUGUAUGGAGUGUUCUUCGCCAACCACCCAGAUUUGAGGAGAAUUUUAACUGACUAUGGUUUUGAAGGCCACCCAUUCAGAAAAGACUUCCCAUUGAGUGGUUAUGUUGAGGUUCGUUAUGAUGAUGAGCAGAAGAGAGUAGUGGUGGAACCCCUGGAGUUGGCCCAGGAAUUCAGGCGUUUUGAGCUGAGUGCGCCAUGGGAACAGUUCCCCAACUUCCGAGGCAAUCCAGCCGAAGAGGUUGUCAAUCCUGGAGAAGACAAACCCAAGAAAGAGUAGAUCACUACUCUAAGUGUAGUUGUUAUGUACAUAAAUAAAUUAAAUUAUAUUGAUAUCAA